AUGGAAGGAGUGGGGGCUGAUGCUGGCUCUGCUGUGGCGCCGUUUGCCAAGUGGAGAGACGAGUUUUCAAGGACAUUUCAGUACUAUUUGGACCGUUCGACCCCUAACCCUGUCUAUAGGUGGCUGGGGACUCUUGCUGUAGCAGCCAUUUAUGUGCUCCGAGUUUACUAUGUUCAAGGGUUUUACAUUGUGUCGUAUGGCCUGGGAAUCUAUAUCUUGAAUCUAUUGAUUGGGUUUCUCUCACCAAAGGUUGAUCCAGAGCUUGAAGCCUUGGAUGGGGCUUCACUGCCAACAAGAGGUUCAGAUGAGUUUAAGCCAUUCAUCCGCCGGCUACCCGAGUUCAAGUUCUGGUAUUCCAUUACAAAGGCUUUCUGUGUGGCAUUUCUGAUGACCUUCUUUUCCAUAUUUGAUGUCCCUGUUUUCUGGCCCAUUCUCCUGUGUUAUUGGAUUGUUCUUUUUGUUCUUACAAUGAAGCGCCAAAUUCUGCACAUGAUUAAGUACAAAUAUAUACCAUUCAGCAUUGGGAAGCAGAGGUAUACAGGGAAGAAGCCUGCUACAAGUAGUGGUGGUUCAGACUGA